AUAAAACGAGUGGUCGAUCAGGUAUUGACUCUAAUGGACGGGUUGAAAUCCCGUGCUCACGUUAUUGUUAUGGGUGCAACCAACCGUCCCAACAGCAUUGACCCCACUUUGAGACGAUUCGGCAGGUUUGACUGUGAAAUCGAUAUCGGUGUUCCCGAUGAAGUCGGUCGGCUCGAGGUGCUCCGCAUUCAUACCAAGAACAUGAAGUUGGCUGAAGAUGUGGACUUGGAGAAGAUUUCGAAAGAGACACAUGGAUAUGCCGGUGCUGACCUGGCGGCUUUGUGUACUGAGUUGGCACUUCAGUGUAUUCGUGAGAAUAUGGAUGUGAUCAAUUUAGAAGAUGAGUCGACUGAUGCUGAGAUUCUUAAUUUGAUGGCAGUUACGAAUGAGCAUUUUUAA